AUGCCCACAACGCCUCCCAGGACCCGGGCCCCGCUGACAGCAGCCUCGGGCCGCGAGGCGGGACCCAGUCUCCACCCUCCCCACAGACCCCACCCAGCUGGUGAGAGACUCUGCCCUCGUGGCACCCAGGUCGGAGCCCCUCCCGCAGCUGGUCAGGCGGCCCGGACCCUUGCGUGUCUGGCUUUGGCCCCGACGCCCCCACCCCUGCCUCCGUGGUCCUCCGGGGCCCCAUCCCCGGGACCACUGCUGGGCCUGCAGCCCCCUAGGGCUGCCUCCACGGUGCCCUCAGCAGCUCCCCCGGCUUUCAGGGAGGCCAGGUCCCCCGCCCGAGGGCGGCCAGGAGGCUCCCAGUCCAUCUCCGUCCAGAGAAGCGGCCCGGGGCCUCCUCGCCCACCCGGGUCCCCCUCCCCCUCCCGCCCCCGGACACACGGGGCUGCCCUGUCCCCACCGUCCCCACGGAGGACGCGCGCCCUGCACCGCCAGCUCGGGUCCCGGCCUCGCCCACGCCCGCGGUGGCCGCAGCCCGGCGCCCCGGCCGCCGAGAGAGGACCCGAGUGUGUCGUCAAACGUCCUGGCAGCCAGGUCCUUCCUCGCCCGCUGUCCUCCGUGCAAAGACCGUCGCAGACGCUGUGCAGCACCAGCGCUGGCAGCCUCCCCAUUCUCAGCGCCCAGGUCCAUGGCACGCAGUCGGGGCACAGCGUCCCCGAGGCCCACCCGCGCUGCAGCCUGUGUCACCACGUCCCUCCUUCCUCGGUCACGGCUGAACACGGUUCCACGGCCUGGCCGGGCCCCACGCGGGACCCGCUCACCUGUGGCUGGACUGGGCUGUCCCCACAGCGAGGUCACUGUGGGGAGGACCCCGUGCUGUGCACGUGCCUCUUCGAAUCUCCGCUCUCAAGGCUCGGGGGCCGCGCUCAGGAGGGUUGCCGGCUCAGGCGGCAGCCCCACGGGCAGCCCGCCCUCUCGCAAGGCACACGCACUGCUGCCCGGGCUGCUCUUUGGUCCUUUUGGCUGCGCUCCUCGCUGCCUCUGAGAACGCUGACCCGCGGUGGUGCUCCAGCCACCGUCUCACCACGGCUUGGGCGCCUCAAGAGCUCGCCCCCCGCGGCCACGCCUCCUCUCGGAUGA